AUGGUUUCCAAGAAUAUGAUCAAGGAUGUCAAGAUACCACCAAGAUCAAGCGAAUCAAGCGUGCGUCGUGGUUGUCAAGAAGAAGAAAUGGUGCAGCAUCUGUUUCAAAGCAUCCCGAACGAGCGUCACUAUGAUCCGUUUGAGCUUCUGCACAUCGACACGUGUGACCCGAUGGAAGCCGACUCGUUAGUUGGAGCUAAUCUGCGCGCCAAGUUCGACAGUGAAACGCGCAUCAAGAAGUACAUCGUGGCGGUCCAGAUGCAGUAUGACUGCACGGUUAAAUAUGCUCGGCACAAUGUUGCACGUGAGUUUGCGACGCCUUCGCUCAAGGCGUUCUACGAUGAUCAAGGAAUCGAGCAGCAGGCCACCGCUCCAUAUGCGCACUAG